GGCUCCACACGUGCUCGGUGUCUUUAAAAGAAGCUGCCAGUCCCGCUUCAUGACAGAUGAAGCCAGACAUAGACAAAGACCACAUCAUUCUCACAGCACUGGAUAAAACAUACUGUCUACCUAUUCAAGAUGGUGAAGGAAACCUGCAACGGGAGCUCUGUUGUGCCGGCGACGUCACAUAGGUGCGGCCCCCUCUGCCUCGGCCCUCUGACCUUCCACCACCAGGCCGUGGGAGACAAGAUCCACUUGAGCCACGGCAGACGCCUUGCAGAGAGGACCCAGCACACGUUCAGGAACGGCCUGGUGUUCAGCAGCCGCCCGGUCAAGAUUCAGGAGAAGGUGCGCGUGAGAGUGCAGCGGCACUGCAUCCACUGGAACGGCGCUCUCCGGGUGGGCUUCACCAACGUGCCGCCUCAAACCAGAUCCCUGCCUCUGCCCAGCCUGGCCAUCCCCGACAUCACCAACACCCCCGGGCACUGGGCUGCCCCUGUGCCGGACUCCUUCUGUCGAGCGGGUUCAGAGCUGGAGUUCUGGGUUACUUCCGCUGGCAAGGUGUAUAUCACAAUCAACAACAGAAUUAAGCACAAGCUACUAAAGAAAGUGGACGUCACACGACCGCUGUGGGCCAUGAUUGACGUCUACGGACAGACGUGCUCCAUCUUCCUCCUCGGCUCAGAGAAAAAGCAUUGGUUUUACACUCAAAGCUCCUGCCCUGCAGCCCUGCCCCUCCCUGCACCUGACCGUCACCCCAGUUCGACGCCCGGUGUUUCGAGCCUUAAUGGAAACAACGACGACCUCAUCUCCCGCCUCAACUUGGAAAACUCAGACGACCACUGCUGCGUGUGCAUGGUGAAGAAGGCCAAUAUCACACUGCCCUGCGGCCACCGGUGUUUGUGUAACACGUGCACCUUCAGAGUGACCCAGCAGUUCGGUACCUGCCCGCUGUGUCGGCACGAGAUCAACUUCUCCCGAGGAAGCGAGGACGUGCGUCUCUGAGGCCAUCGCCAAACACAAGCGUGACUGUAACAGUGAAAACGCUCCGUGGCGCUGGGUCCUGGUGCAGCGGCCCGACAGUUGGGGAUCUCCGGCCUUGUGACCACUCUGACCCUGACUGAGGUCCAACCAGGAAACUUGGUCACACGUUGUUCACCUCUCUUCUCCUUGAUAUGUGAAUAGUUGUGUAAGAUAACACUGAAGUGAAGUUGUCUUCAAACUUAAAAAGCUUGAGACCUGAGACUGGAAAAGGUGCAAUAAUAAUAUAUAUAUCUAUAUAUAUAUAUAAUGUAUAUAAUGCAUAUUUAUCCACUGUUAAAUGUAUUAUUUUUGUAAAGUUUGUUUGUCCGAAAAGGAUGUAUUAUUUGAUUGUUAUGCAAAAAUAAACUGUUAUUUUCAUCACCAGA